GUAAGGUCGCAUAGCAUUGCGGUAUCCAAGCUCUCUCUCUAUCUCUCUCUACUGCAUGUUUGCUACUCACGAACAACGGCGUGUUCGUUUUCUCCUCUCCACGAGCGAAACUGUUAAAGUCUAAUUCGCGCGAAAGAAAGUGGUUUGCGUGUGUGUGCGCGCGCGCCCGCGAGUGCGGAAAAAGAAAGUCGGUGCGCCGUCGAUCCGAUCCACGAGUCGAGCCGCAUAAGCGGUGGUGAAGAAAAAAUUGAAUAUGAGCUACAACUCCGUGACCAUAGAAGAGUCGGUUAACAAACCCCUUGCUGCCAGCUGCCAGUUCAAACUGUUUUCGGCCGUUUCGCGGACUGGUUGGUACUUUCUUUUUUGCUCUCGCUCUUGCCUGGCUGCCGACUGCAGUUAAGCCAAGGCCCGGGUGAACACAUCGUUGCCGAUCAUCGGUUAGUGUCUUCAGCGUUUGCGCUUGCGGUUUUCGGCCGCGUUACAGAAAACGCAACGCUUCGAGGAGAAAAACCAACGGAUUAUUUGCAAAUGCUAAUUAAACAAAUUUCUCAACUUUCCUAACUCGGUAUUGUCCGGUUACGGUUGCUAGAGACGCUGUUGUGCUUUGUGUUUAGAUCGAUCGCGAUCGCGAGUGUAGUACUACAAAGGGGCCGGUUAGAUCAUCGAAUGGUUGUUUGGUGACUGUAGCACAAAUUUUUCGAAACAGUAGCACCGACGGGUGAUGUGAAGAGAAUUGUUCCAAAACAAGCAGAAAAAGCAACAAGUCAAAAGAGUUCAAGGUUCUCAAGUUUCUCGGAAUCCGGUCCCACACCAGGAGAAAGUGUUGUGUGUUUGUCCGGCUGUGCCGCGCAGCUCAGUGUUUCGUCCUGCACGCGUGGCGACAAUUUCCAAUGGAAUUGAUUAAAAACAAAUAAAAACCGGGUAUUGAUCCAACCGCAACGCCAACAUACACGGUGAAAGUGUGGAUAAGAUCAUAAAGGAUCCUAAACGGCGAAGAUUAUCUCACCCAACAAACGGAAGGGUUCAUCUGCUAGGUGAGAGUGAAAGAAACACAAAUAAGCGCAAGUCGCAACGAUUUGCGGCCAGUAACAUGGUGGCCAAUGUCAAGUGGAGACUGCCGGUAGGAGCAGCAUGGAUACUGGCGCUUCUCGUCGCCGGUCUCGCAGUGCUGGACGAAGCCAACGGGCUCAGCUCAACUGGUGAAAGAGAGAGCCGGAGGUUGUUCGGAGGCUACCGGAUAACGCCAAAAUUUUGCAACGCCACCAGAGCCCUUCUGAAGCGGGAUUCCGACCGGAGAGGGCCCACGAUUUGCAUGUUCAACCAUGAGUGCUUCCAGCGACAAGGCGAAGUGGUGGGAGCCUGUAUGGAUGGGUUUCUGUUUGGAACCUGUUGCGAACUUCCACUCAGCACCGACGUGGCAAUGGUGACGGAUUCGCUGAUGGAGCAGUUCUACUCGGAUGUAACGGAAAGCACCCCGCAGUCGCCACUUACGUCUGCCAUUGCCAGUCAGUACGAGAAGUUUGGAAGUCAGCUGGCUGGGUCCGACACGGGGUACGGCCCGAUUGCUUAUGAACCGAUCAAGCUGGAAGAAACUCCAUCCAAAGAGAAAAACGUCAGCACUAGUACGGGAUCUAGCAAAAAACCAUUGUUUAACAAACUGCAGAAUAAUUAUCUCACGAAUGAAGACUUGGACGAAGACAUUGUUCAGAGCAACUUGAAUACGCACAAGUAUGAGAUGCCUAACAGCGCCGUUUCUGUGUACUCUCCUUCAACAUCUAACAUAAAGUCGGAAGAAAUUGAAAUCGCCACCACAAUAACGCCACCACCUCCUCCACCACCACCAAGUUUGGAGAAUACUAACUAUGUGAAAGUGGAAGUUAAUGAACAGGGUAAUGUUUAUAGCUCCGAAAUACCAUCGUCGUUGAAUGCGUAUAACGACCAUUUGUCCGAUGCGAAUACGGCUCCUGCCGCGUCCCUCGAAACUAGUACCGACAUCACCUCCGCGGGUGUUCAGGUUAUUGCGAACCAAAUUUAUCACGAAAGCCAACUGUUUGACCACAGUGACAUCACCCAUCCGGAAGCGGAAACAAUUCUGAUCAACGAGAAUGGCACAGUAGACUUAAGUUAUGCUAAUCCAAAUGAUUUCACGGUCGACGAUAUCGCAACCGAGGCUCAAACCACAGUGAAACCAGUAAAAGUGACUCAUCCAAAGCCACAGUUCAAACCUAGACCUAAGCCAACCCAAGGAAUGGAACCAAACAAAUACAUACUUGUACAUACUAUUUCAACCGACUCCAAAGAUAACGAGAACCAAACCACGAAACCAACUGUCUCAAUGCACAACAUCCACUCGAUCGAAUCGAUCAUACUGAUGUUAAACGACACGAACCUUGGGCCACAGUACGAAACUGGAACCGAAGCGGACACCAAGAUCGAUAACAUAACGGAAUCUCAGACCACCUACGAAACCACAUCACCAGUGACGUACGCAACAGCUGCCAUAGAUUACGACAAAUACGGACCAACCAGUUUCUACAUUACAAAACCCCAGCAGACGAGCCCUUCAGCCGUCGCGAUGUCUACGAAGGUUCCAUCUACCAGCUAUGUGUACAGUCCGAAACCUACCCGACGACCCAUUUUGGAACCAGUCGUAGUCCAAGCAACCCUUCUAACGAGCGGAUACGGAUCGACAGCUGGACCCCAAAACGAACCGGCUAUCUCCGUAUCGACGUCUCGUCCACCGCCAACCAAACUUGUUGUCACGGCUGGCCCACAUCAACGGCCCAUGAUCAUCACCAGCGAAGGUGAUCAAACUGCCUCCUCUGGAUAUUACACCAUUUCAACCAGCUCACCAUCGGAACCGGUAACCGUAUCUACAGUUCAACCAACGAAGAAAAUUACGACUGCACCAACGAAACGCCCAGUUUCGUCUACCAUCAAACUACCCGAGUACAUCGUACAAUCGUCGACCUUAUCCCACAAAACUCCAUCCACCAUAGCUAACGUAAACUACGUACACAUUUCAAGUGCCACCGACCACCCAUCCCCGACCGUGCACAUAACACCGAAACCUGUUCAGGGGCUUGUAACAUCCAGCACGUGGACUAACAAACUAACAAGUCCAACUAACAGCCAUCUACCAAGCUAUUACGAUAACACCCCACCGCCAAUGUACGUUUCCUCGCUGGCUGACUUCGAGGACGAAGGCUACUUCGGUACAACGAAGCGACCGCUUGGUGGACCAAGCAUUUCAUCAACCGCUGUCUACACCUUCGUCGACAGUAGCAAUGUUCUCGGUAAUUAUGCAACAUCCACGUAUUCUCCUUAUGGACCAACCCCGACGUAUUCCACCAUGAACCGCAUUCCAGCAAACCCACCGCCAAGUCAAAUCUACGUCAUGGCACCGGUAGAAGCAUCUACGAUGAAAAACGAACUCUACACCACACCCGAUGAAAUCAACAACUUCCCGCCGGUUAGAAAUCCCAAUCUUAACCUAACGGAUUCCACAAUGGUUAGCAACAUAACGAAAAUAGAAAACUCGGGAAUCAAAGACGACGAAAAGGUUAACUUUUUGGUGAACAAAAUAGUUGAGUCAUUCAACGGCAACUUUGAAGAGCUGGAAGCAAUUCUCAAGGAAAGAAAAAAUCUUACUCUAAACGCCCAGACAAGCACCACUACGGAGAAAAACAAGUUGACGACUACCAAGCCAGUGACGAAAAAGAAGAAAAAACGUCCCAGUAAAAAGCCAUCCAACGGAACAACAACAUCCACAUCGAACAAAAAACCAACGACUGUUAAGCCUACUGUGAUCCAGCAAGAUUCGGCCUCGCAAACCACACUGAAACCGAAACCAUCGAAAAAACCCAGCAAAACCAAACGACCAAGCAACUCGACGAAACCCACAUCGUCGAGCUCGAAACCGGUAGUGACAACGUCCCUAUCGAACCCAACGAAACCAGCCAAGCCAUCCGGUUCGAAACCGAAGCCAACCAGUUCGUCGACGCGUCCCAAACCUAGCAACAGCUCCAGUGGCAGCAAACCGACGGCAGAUGAGCGUCCGACGACCGAUGCGAAACCAGCGGCCACCACGAAGAAACCGAACCGGACAUCAACCUCGAAGAAACCCUCGAAGCGACCCACCAGCCGGCCGACGUUAGCCGAUACGGACCCAGUGACGGUAAUUACAACCCGCAAACCGACCAAGGCGACAAAGCGUACCACAAAACGACCAACGACGACGACGACCACGACCACUAGCACAACGACAACGGCCCCGGAAGACGAAAUCAUCGAGGAAGAAGAGGAAAACGCCGUCGAGGAGGAAGAGGAAGAGGAGGAUGUCGGAGAGGAAACCAACGAGACGGUCGAUGGACAAGCACAGGGAACGCGGAGAAUACUUUGCGGUCAAAGGCCACUGAUGAAGAGCGCCCGUGUUGUUGGAGGAAAGGCUGCCAAGUUUGGCGAGUGGCCCUGGCAGGUACUGGUAAGGGAAUCGACCUGGCUCGGACUGUUCACCAAAAACAAAUGCGGUGGAGUACUCAUCACGAACGAAUACGUCAUAACGGCAGCACACUGCCAGCCAGGCUUCCUCGCCUCACUGGUAGCGGUGUUUGGUGAGUUCGACAUCUCGAGCGAUCUCGAAACGAAACGGUCCGUGACGAAGAACGUCAAGCGAGUAAUUGUGCACCGGCAGUACGACGCGGCCACCUUCGAGAAUGAUCUUGCCAUACUGGAACUGGAGAGUCCUAUUCACUACGAUGUACAUAUAGUGCCAAUUUGCAUGCCAUCAGACGAAGCUGAUUUCACCGGCCGAAUGGCAACAGUGACCGGAUGGGGUCGGUUAACGUACGGUGGCGGAGUUCCCUCGGUGCUACAGGAAGUUCAAGUUCCGGUGAUAGAGAACAGUGUCUGCCAGGAGAUGUUCCACAUGGCCGGACACAACAAGAAGAUCCUGCCGUCGUUCGUUUGUGCUGGCUACGCGAACGGCAAACGAGAUUCCUGCGAGGGUGACAGCGGCGGUCCAUUGGUGUUGCAACGUUCGGACGGCCGGUACGAACUGGUCGGCACGGUGUCCCACGGAAUCCGAUGUGCGGCCCCGUACCUGCCCGGAGUGUAUAUGCGGACGACCUUCUACAAACCCUGGCUGCGAAGUGUAACCGGUGUGAAAUAAGCUGAAACCGGCGAUGGAAACGAAAAAAAAACAAACAAACAACCUCCCGGGUUGGCCCUCCCGGAUCCUCUUCUUCUCUCCCUACAAAAGAAUACGGUGGUUAAUUAGUUGGUACUGGCGUGGGUGUGCAUUUUCGGAGCGACUGGAUGCGAACGAGUGUGACAAUUUUUGGGUACGAACGAACGGGACGAGAGCCUCCUUCCGACGAAUGUCCGUAACCGCGUGUGGGAAAUUUUGAUCGAGCGAGCGAAUCUCUAGCAAAAUUUCGUAGGUAGUUACGUUUUAGGGAACAAAUUGCAAUAAUUUAUCUAGCGAAUAGAUGGAUGUGAUUUGGAGUCAUUGUUAAGAUUAAUUUAUUGUUGUUGUUAGUUACUAAAUUAUUUAUUUUCUAGCCCGUAAGUGAACAGAACAAAACACAUCAAACGAACAGUGGGAUGAAGUGGCGGUGUAAAAAUGUGAUUAUUUUAAUUUAUUUCCAAAU